GCUGCUUCAAGAAACCACCGAGAGCCCAACCGCACAGGCAGGAGAGAGAGCAGGGAGCCAGGGACAGUAGCGUGGGGCCGGGGAGCAAAGAUGGAGGGGAAGGAGGAGGACGUGCGCCUGGGCGCCAACAAGUUCUCGGAGCGGCAGCCCAUCGGCACGGCGGCGCAGGGCGCCGGGGCCGGGGACGACGACAAGGACUACAAGGAGCCCCCGCCGGCGCCGCUGUUCGAGCCCGGGGAGCUCAAGUCCUGGUCCUUCUACCGCGCGGGCAUCGCCGAGUUCGUCGCCACCUUCCUCUUCCUCUACAUCACCGUCCUCACCGUCAUGGGCGUCUCCAAGUCCACCUCCAAGUGCGCCACCGUCGGCAUCCAGGGCAUCGCCUGGUCCUUCGGAGGGAUGAUCUUCGCGCUCGUCUACUGCACCGCCGGCAUCUCCGGAGGACACAUCAACCCAGCUGUGACCUUCGGGCUGUUCUUGGCCAGGAAGCUGUCCCUGACUAGGGCCAUCUUCUACAUUAUCAUGCAAUGCCUGGGUGCCAUCUGUGGAGCUGGAGUGGUGAAGGGCUUCCAGCAGGGGCUUUACAUGGGCAACGGCGGUGGCGCCAAUGUUGUCGCCCCUGGAUACACCAAGGGGGACGGCCUUGGCGCAGAGAUCGUUGGCACCUUCAUCCUAGUCUACACCGUCUUCUCGGCCACCGAUGCCAAGAGGAACGCCAGGGACUCCCAUGUCCCCAUCCUUGCCCCACUGCCAAUUGGGUUCGCGGUGUUCCUGGUCCACCUUGCCACCAUCCCCAUCACCGGCACCGGCAUCAACCCGGCUAGGAGCCUUGGCGCCGCCAUCAUCUACAACCGGGAUCAUGCGUGGAGCGACCAUUGGAUCUUCUGGGUCGGCCCCUUCAUCGGCGCCGCCCUGGCUGCCAUCUACCACCAGGUGAUCAUCAGGGCCAUCCCGUUCAAGAGCAGGUCUUAAGCUGCCGCGGGUGUGCUGAGACAUGUGGGGAAUGUAUUGUCUGCCCACGCCUAGUUUCUCUGCUGAAUCUUCCAUCUCUCUUCCCUUCAAGACUGCUCACUGCUGCACUGCUCUGUUAUCUGAACCCAGAACUUCGUGUACUCCUGUACCGAGCUGUGUGUAUGUUUUUUUUUCUUCCAUCGUGUUUGUUGCAAGGGUUCCCGUCUCCUUUUAUGCGUUGGGAUCGUGGCAAGAAAGGGCAGAUAUCAUGUGGAAACGUGGGUUUAUAACUAUCAGCUGGAUUUUUCAUCCAAGUGGAAUCGAUUCAGAAUUUUCUUU